UUCAUUUUNAUUCUAUAACUAUGUCUGGACUUUAUUGGUCCCAAAUAUAUGUUAGCCUGUGUUUGCACAUAUUGUUUGUUUGUUUUCAUAAGAGUGAAGCUGCAAAUCCGAAAGUGAUAAUUGGGAACAUAUCAGAGGUGGAAGAUGCAGCCUACCUUCGGAUAUAUUAUGGUCAGACCUUCAAAGUCAUCAAGAAUGGCUUUGAUGGCAACAGUUAUCUUCUUAUUCAGAGUAAGUAAAUCAUCUCCUCUCAUUCAUAUCACACACACACACACACAUAUAUAUAUAUACACAUUCAUUAGUGUUAGUGAAAUUUGCUUUUUUUUUUUACAAGGAUAGCUAUUAGGAUUGCUUGGGAGUUUGAAAGGUAUGACCUCAGAAUAUGUGGCUUCACAAUGUGUCCUCAAAAUGUACAGUGAAGGACAAGUGCAGUUGAUCAACAAAACCAAGCCACAACAGCUUACUCAAUUUGCUGCCCAUUUUAUUGUGAAUAUUGACCAGCCACAGUCCUGCAAUUUCGCCACAUUUCUCCCGAUUGGCGAGGAAGCUCCUCUUCAGAGAGCCGAGUGGAUAAAGUUCCUCGGAGUUUUUGCAAAUCUUGAAACGAGAGCGAAUCAAGUAUACAGUGCAAUUAAGCAGAACUACAUGUGCCUGAGUAAAUUGGCAACUGGCAAGAAAGCAUCGUUCAAGCCGAUAGUAGCUUGGAUGGCAUAUAAUGAUGGCGUCUGGUCUUUCACGAAAGAGCCAUACAAGUUAAAGUAUGUGGAGGAUUCGGGUGGGGAAAAUAUAGACAACUCGAUCAACAAAGUCACGUACAACAUCUCUGUACCAGAUGACUUGGAUGCAUUUCAUGCAAUUCUAUGUACGGUAGAUGUGGUGAUUGACGAGACAUAUUCGCCCGACCCAACUGCCUAUAAUGCGUCGACCUUUCUUCAGUACUUGAAUUUGGAAGAUCACUCUUGCUUUGCUUUCAUGGCGAAUCAAAGCUUGUGGAGAUAUGAUAAAAGAAUUUCAAAUUCUAACAUUCUUGAUUGGUAUGAUGGAGCAGUUUCUCAGCCUCAUUUAGUUCUGGCGGAUCUUAUCGAAGCUUUAUUUCCAUCCGGAGAUUACAACACGACGUAUUUAAGAAAUAUUGCAAAGGGAGAAGGAAUUGUGAGCAUUGGACCUGAAAUGUGUGAAAGGGAGAGCUCAGUUCCAAUGGAGCCGUUGACUGUAGCUUGCCAAUAGAAAUAAUGCCAAACUUUAGAGAUUAUUUUCAGUAUUUUCAGCUAAUAGAUGGCAUCACUAUUCUGUACAUCAUUUACCUCUGCACACCUUCCUUUCUUUUUCUGUUUCAAC